UUAUUUUAAUUAAAAUUUUAAUUUAUUUGUUGGAUAAAAUUAUUUGUAAGUGAAAGCACAAGCAGUUUAUGUUUAUAUAACCUGUGCUCUUCCUAUAGAUUUUUACCUUAAAGCUUUAAGCAGCUACUAUGGCGUCGCUUAGACAGCGACCAUGUUGUAGUUUCAUUGACGGUCCCUUAAUUUUUUCACGUUGUCGACGACGCGAUUUUCGCAGAUUUUAGAUAUAUCGCUCCACUAUUGUAAUUGUAAACAUUUUUAAAGAUGAUGCCCACAAUGCCUCCUGAUGCCCAUAAAAUUUCAUUAAAAAUUAUUGAAGCUAUUAGACAGCACCCGGUACUUUAUAUAUCAGAUGUUAAAGGUACUGCUAUAAAGUUGCAGGAAUUUCGUCAAAAAGUAUGGAAGAGAAUUUCUGAUGAAUUAGGGUUAGAUGCUAGUUGGGUUAGACUUCGAUGGAAGAAUUUACGUGAUACUUAUUGUCGUAUAUUAAAAUUCAAAAACAAAGCUGAGAAAGGUGCUAGAAGAAAAAAAUGGAUUUUUGAAGAUCAUUUAAGUUUUCUAAAAUUUCCGUAUGAACCAGAUUAUGUACCACAGUGCGUAGAAUUAAGUGAUGAAUAUAUUGAAGAAAUAAACCGCGGAGGAGUUGGUACAGAAAGUCUUUUGGAACAAUUAGAAGAUCGUAACGAUGAAGACUACAGUGAGUAUUUAGAAGUACUGGAAGAAACAAACGCUGACCCAAUCUCUAUACUGCCUCAUAACAUUGAAAUAAUAGAUAACAGUCAACAGCAUUUAACAACAGAUAUGAUGAAUAGUUACGACAGCCAGAAUGUUUCCGACGGUGUUAACAUUUACACACAGAUUCAAUCAAAGUAUCGUAAAAUACGCCCUAAAAGAAUGAAGCUAAAUGAUUAUGAAGAAACUAGAGAAUCUAUUGAACUAAAUGAUAAUAAUUAUGGUAUACUCAGCCCUAAUUUUAAAAUUGAGCAGCUGAAAUUACCUAAAAUUCACAAUAAUAACAAUAAUAAUAGUAAUAAUAGUAAUAGUAAUAGUAAUGAUAAUAAUAAUGUUAAUGUAAAUCCUAUUAUUAUAACAAAUCCAACACCCAAUUCUACAAAAGUUCAAGAAAAAAAAGAAGAAAAUGUUACAGAGGGUAAAAGUGAGCCAGUACAAGCACAAUCGGUAGAAACAACGAGCACCGAAUUAUUUUUUAAUAGCAUGGCACAAACUGUUAAAUUAUUACCACCCAAAGCACAAGCUUCAGUUAAAAUGGCUGUUUGUAAAAUAGUUACUGAAGCUGAGUUACGGUGUUCUAAAAAAAAAUUAUCUGCCAAUACCCAACAAUUUAUUACGCCUCCGGGUAUGAUUCCAAAAUUAGUAUUAAUUCCUUGCAGUAUGAUUGAUAAUCAAGAAAAUAAAUGAAAAAAAAAUUAAGUGAUGUAUCAAAU